CGGGGUUUGCAAGACGUGCAGCAGCUGUAGACUCCUUCUCGUCGGCUACAGGAUCCAUAUGCUUGCCAAAGCGAGGCUUAACAAAGCGAUGGGAACUUCACCAAACGUGCUGCUAAGAGUCUAAAACACACAAGCUACUAAACGCGUUUUAACGGAACCGUAUAAAGCGUCCACAUUUGUCGGCUGUGUAAAGACUGUCAACUCAGGAGAAAGCAGCGAUGGACCCGAGUGACACAGCCCCGGAUUCGUGGGAGCUGGAGGAGGAUGCCGAGGCCCCAGCUGCCGCGGCCGGGCUCCAGACCGCCUUCGCCGCCCUUAACGUCAACGCCAAACCAUUUGUUCCCAACGUUAACGCCCCGGUGUUUGUACCGAGUUUUCUUCAAACCAGCGCCGUGGAAAUGCCGGCUUCGGACGGUACCUCCGAUCCAGUUGCCAGCAUGGAGGUGGCAGAAACAGCCGCCCCAGUCGAGAACGGAGGCACUGAGGCAGACAUGACCACAGAGGAAGAGACAUGGGAGCAGAAGGAGGAGCCGGGAGGAGAUGGAGGAGGCGGAGGAGAGGAGGACCUGGGGGCCGGAGGAAGAUGCGAGGAGGGUGCCACAAGGAAGGAGGAUGAGGAGAUGAUGGAGGAAGAAGAGGAAGAGAUGCCCAUACCCAAAGUGACUCCGGUACCACCGGACGCCCCCAAGAAAGAACAUGUGAAUGUGGUCUUCAUCGGCCACGUGGAUGCUGGCAAAUCAACUAUUGGAGGACAGAUCAUGUACUUGACUGGAAUGGUGGACAAGCGAACCCUGGAAAAAUAUGAAAGAGAAGCGAAAGAAAAGAACAGGGAGACAUGGUAUCUGUCGUGGGCUCUGGACACAAAUCAGGAAGAGAGAGACAAAGGGAAGACGGUGGAGGUCGGGAGAGCUUACUUCGAGACUGAAAAGAAACACUUUACCAUCCUCGACGCCCCCGGACACAAGAGUUUUGUACCCAACAUGAUUGGUGGAGCAUCACAAGCUGACCUGGCGGUCCUGGUGAUUUCUGCAAGAAAGGGAGAGUUUGAGACUGGCUUUGAGAAGGGGGGACAGACCAGGGAACACGCCAUGUUGGCUAAAACGGCAGGAGUCAAGCAUCUCAUUGUCCUGAUCAACAAGAUGGAUGACCCCACUGUCAACUGGAGCCUAGAAAGGUAUGAGGAGUGUAAGGAGAAGCUUUUGCCGUUUCUGAAGAAGGUGGGCUUCAACCCCAAGAAGGACAUCCACUUCAUGCCUUGCUCCGGACUCACAGGUGCCAACCUCAAGGACCCUGUAUCUGAAUGCCCCUGGUACACGGGUUUGCCAUUUAUUUCCCACCUGGACAGUUUGCCAAUUUUCACCAGAUCCAGUGAUGGACCAGUCAGACUACCUAUCGUAGACAAGUACAAGGAUAUGGGCACAGUUAUCCUUGGGAAGCUGGAGUCUGGAUCCAUCAGUAAAGCCCAGCAGCUGGUCAUGAUGCCGAACAGGCACACAGUGGAGGUGCUGAGUCUGCUGAGCGACGACGUGGAGACAGAUGAUGCAAGUCCUGGGGAGAAUCUGAAGUUGAGGCUGAAAGGCAUUGAGGAGGAAGAAAUCCUGCCUGGUUUCAUCCUCUGUAGCCCUGACAACCUCUGCCACUCUGGUCGCACCUUUGAUGCACAGAUCGUGAUCAUUGAGCACAAAUCAAUCAUUUGCCCUGGUUACAACGCAGUUCUCCACAUCCACACCUGCAUUGAAGAAGUGCAAAUCACAGCCUUAAUCUGUCUGGUUGACAAGAAGACGGGGGAGAAAAGCAAAACACGACCACGUUUUGUUAAGCAGGACCAGGUGUGUAUUGCCAGGCUCCGAGCUGCAGGAGUCAUCUGCUUAGAGACCUUUAAAGACUUCCCUCAGAUGGGGCGAUUCACACUGAGAGACGAAGGUAAAACUAUUGCCAUUGGCAAAGUGCUGAAGCUGGUGCCAGAAAAGGACUAAAUGCAUCAGUGGCAGCAUUGCAUGGAGUUGAUGACCAGAGGAGAAAUGCUGCUAAAGCCGACCCAAACAGCUACUCUCUCUACACACAACUAUGCUGAAGAGAAGAAUGACAACAUCACCGAGCGAAGAAGGACAAAGUUGCAUCAAACGAAGAAAAUGAGACUGAAUUAGUUUUUAUGACGAACAGUAUCAACCGAGAGAUCAAGUCCAGUGUGUCAGCUUUCUCAUAUUGAGAGCUCCGCUAUGCCACUAAUGUAGCUAUAUAUCCCCCUUCUGUUCUCCCAUGGCUAACUGUUCUGUUGGCUGACCACAACUCUUUGUUUUUGUUUUUUUGAAUGGAGAUGGAGGCUGUGUUAAUUGAGUCUGGGGAAGAAACACACAACUAGAGAAUGAUUUCAUACCCUGCAAACGAGCAGAGUUGGCCUGUAAUUCUGAUUUGCAAAGCACAUCUCCCUUUUCAAGAGUGGGAAUAUCCAUUGGAUGUUUUAUUUGGUUUUAAGGAUUGCUGUACCAAAAUGUUUAGUGUUGUCUCUCUUCAGGAGAUGGUUUAAUUGGACUGAGCUUGCAUACUAUGAACCAAGAAUACACACAGCUGUUAAAUAAUCUGUGCUGAAAAUAAACGAUCAAGCUUCAACUGAAA